AUGGAAGAGGAUGCCUUGAUUAUCGGGAGGUGAUAAUAGAAACGGGAGUGAUCUCUCAAGCUAAUGGGAGUGCUAGAUGUAGGUUAGGAGAAGGCACUGACGUGCUUGUUGGAGUGAAAGUCGAAAUUGGAAGUAUAGAAAUAGACGGAGCUGACGAGGAAGUAGCAGCUAUAAAAGCAAAGAGAGGAAGGGUGGUCUGCAAUGUAGAAUGUUCUCCUAUCGCGUCACAGCAAUUCGCUGGUAGAGGUGCUGAUGAUUUCAAUAAUGAACUAACGCAAACGGUAGAUCGCGUACUGAAUGGACCACAUGGUGGUCUUGACCUCGAAAAAUUAUGCAUACUGCCGGGAGAGGAAUGCUGGGUUGUUUAUAUUGACGCGCUCGUGUUGGAUUAUGCCGGAAAUAUUUUGGAUACAAUAUUUAUGACCAUACGUGCGGCCCUCUUUAAUACACGAGUUCCAAAGACCACCGUGUCCGAAGACAAGGAGGUCGAGAUUUCUGGUGAUGACGAAGAAUGGGAAAGAAUUGAAGGGUGGGAACAAGUACCAGUAUCUAUUACCUUGAACAAGAUUGGAUCGCGUCAUGUCGUUGAUGCGACACCAUUGGAAGAGCUCACUACUGAAGCAAAAUUACAUGUGAUGGUUAGCAAGAGUGGAAAGGUGUGUGGCAUACAAAAGAGUGGAGGCGGCAGCAUUGAACACAGUCUUUUGAAUGAAAUGAUUCAGACGGGAAGAUCAUUGGGUCAGAAUCUAAUAAUCAAUUUGGACAAGAUUCUUCAUAAGGAGGAGGAACUGAUGGUACGAAAUAGUCGGGUAGGAAAACUUGGAUUCUUUGCCGCGACGUAA